UUGCAUGGAGCAAAUGACAGGCCUUGCAACGGCUGCAAGACCCUGGAACACUUCAUGUUUUGGCGUUUAAACGGCCUGUGAGAUCCUCAGGCGUGUGUGCCAUUGUUGCUCCAGGCACCUCUUCAUUAUUCUGAACACCAAUCUGUCCACUUCUUCUUCCCAUUCCAUCUCCCCGGUUUCAUUAAAACUACCCCAUUAUGACCAGCACGUGAGCGCUCCUCUACCUGCCAGCCGACCUCCCUCCCUCCCUCUUCCGCACCACCCCCAGCUCUUCUUUCACCUGUGUGACAAGUUACUUCGAGAGUGAUGCCGGGACGUCAAUGCUCUCUUCUUUAAAUUCCCUCCUGACCAUUGAAGAUCGCAAUCAAUGAUGGUGGUCGAAACCUCAGAGCAUGGCAUAAGCGCCGUGGCCGAAUCCAAAGCACGAAAAUGGCGGGACAAGAUCUUCUCCAAGGAGAAGGACUCCAAAGCUGUCCGCGAUGCACAGAUCGAUGACUUUCUCGGUUCCUCCCGCAUCCAACCCCAAUCCCAGCCCCGUGCUCCCCCUCGGCCCGGCGUUCCAUCCCCACGGAUCGAUGUCUCCGUGUCUCAGCGCAGCCAUGUGAACGUUGAGCAACCCUUGCUCGACUCCUCUUAUCUUUCACACAACACCACCAGCCCCGUUAAGCGCCGUCGCCGCAAAGGAUUGAAAGUCCAGUUCAGCAAUGAUCCCCCUGAAGUCAUGGGCGAAGGUGGUGAUGAGGCUGAAGCCCCGACCAAGGACAUGAUAGCCGUAUACCGAACCCGGUCGAACUCCUCCGCUUCCACCUUUACGGACAGAUCAGACUCAUCCCCCGUUGACGAACAUUCUCCGUCCGAACCUCAUUCCUAUCGUCAUGGCAUUCCACCAUCAAUCGCCGUCCAACACCAGUCGCCCGUUUCAGAGCAGGAGGUCCCGUGGCAGCCACUCCUCAUGCAGAAUUCCCAGGACACUGACUUUCUCCUUUCGCUUGGUGAGAGUGUGCGUGGCUCUCGCCUAUCGCUUAGGCAGUCUUCUGACCCGAACUCGUUUGCGCGUCGUGUUCAGGCUAAGAUGAGAGCUGAGGAAGGACGCGCAUUUCAGAAGCAUUUUGACGAGGAAGGAGACUCACCAACGGACACGACUUCGCCGGCACAGUCCUAUCCCACCCAAGCUGCUUCAGAUCUACCGAAGACCGAGGAAAAAUCUAGUCCACCAUCUUUCUGGUCGAGUGUCCUUAGUGCCUUGCCUGAUGAAAGCCAACACUCGCGUCGGCCUUCGCCUCCAUCCUCGAAUGCAACUCCUACUUCCGCUCACAUAAACAACCCUCCGGCGUCAUAUAAAGCACCGCGUCAACCUUCCCCUCCAUUCUCGAAUGCAAACCCCACUCCCACACACGCCAGUGCCACUCCCGCUUCGUACACAACAACGCGUCCUCCUCCAUAUCUCAAAUCUCCAGAAAGCUCUACCGCUUCUACUCAACAAUCUUUCCAGAGCUUCACCGAAGAUAAGGACUCCUCAUCAUCAAAGAACUUACGAAACGUCGCCAGCAUGGUCAGCGAUACCGCUUUAUCGGACUUUUCCGACUAUGUGAACCACUUUAACAAGCUGUUCAGUCUAUCUGCCGAAAGCGUAAAACCUUCAAUGGAGACAUCCCUUUCAGAGUGGGUAAGAGCGUGCGUCUGGUGGUUCUUGAAGGGCCGUGGAGAGUUAGAGGUCUCUAUACGAUCGCGGCCUUCGAGCUCGGGCGGGAAUUCUUCUCAGGCGUCGCCGGGCGACCAGUCACAACAGGCAGUGGUGAAUUUGGCAAAAGCCUGGUGGAUAAACCAGACCAUCGUUCCUCAACAUCCCGAGUUGUCGAGAUUUGGGAAAAUAAGCACUGAUGAAAUGCUAUCUGUUGCCAAAAGCACCGGAGAUCUACGCAUUGCACAUCUGAUCACCCUUCACCAGAACGUGAUCCGUCAUCUCCGAGGGUUAGCGAUGUCAAUGAAACGUCACAACAUCCUUCCUUCUGGCAAUGACGCCCCUCCACUUCUCCAGUCAGUCGAUACCAGCGUCUGGAUCAAGUAUCCGUUCUUUGCUCCCGAUAUUUCUGCUAUCCUGUCUGGUUCCGUCUCGAAAUCAAUGCUUGUCGACAUGUCAACCAGGCACCCCGAUCUUGGGGAUGUGAUGCCCAUGGGUGAUACUAGCCGAUAUUUCUGUUAUGGGCGAAUGUUUGUGGAGGCCCAUAUCAGUUCUGGAGACGAUGCCUCUCAGCAAAUCGCCAUCCCUUGUAUGUUGUCCAUUACUCGUAAUAGAAAAGAUUCACAUGUUAUCGCCACUAUCACCAGUCAGAGCGAGCUGGUGAAUAUUACCAUCCAGGCUGAUAAGAAGCAAGGACCAACAUGGGCUGAUGUUGACUGGCACGUGAGAGGCUGCACAAUGCGCCUCCAGCUUCCUAGAGGAUUUGAGUUGGACGUUCACUUCAGACAGCCUGACUUUAAUAUGAUAUGGAAAAUUGUUGAAUAUUCACGCAAAGUUGAAGCUAGCUUUAAGCCCGAAGCCGGUGAAAAGUUGAUUUUUGAAGAAGUCCUAGAUGUAUUCCAGUACAUGGACCCUCGUCCCUCCAAAGCUUUCCCUCCAGAACCUUCGCCACGAUGUCGAAUUAGACUCUUUGAAAAGACAGUUAAAAUUACUGAGGGUACUGGAACACGCGAAUCACAUCGUGGUUAUCGGUUCAUUGCUGUUACAAGCCCCAAGGUUAAGAGUCUAACCAGUGUCUCACAUUUCCUAGGAAACGGUGCUCCUGUUGUGUUUGGAUAUCUGCGUGGUGACAAUGGGGCACCAGCACUGAUGUUAAAGGUCCAAGAUGGUGAUGCACUAUGCUCUAUGAUUCUAACAUUUUCUGAUGCUGAGCAUCGAUCCAAAAUGCAUUCCUUGCUGUUGGGCAUCAUACCCAGUGAUGAUGAAUUGCAGACUGCUGAAAUACCGCUCAAAUCCUUCUCUAUUGAGCAGCCAAUUGAAAAAGGUUCAGGUGGUUUGCAGUCAAAGACACCAUUAAAAUUCACUUCUCCAAGUAUUACUGUUAUCAACCAAAAUCCAAGCCUUACUGACCAUGGAUAUGCGCCUACAAUUCUGUCUGAACGUCUACGAGCGUUUGUCAGUUCAAACUGGGGCUCUGUUACAGACAGGAUUAAUCUGGGUCCGGGUGAUCUUAGAAUUGGCCUUGAUGUUAAUGUUCAAACUGCCAUGACUGUCUAUAGGCCACCGCAGAAUGACCUGGCGAUAGCAGUGGCUGAAAACUUGGUGCCAAAGGAGCUGCCUGAUGAACUAGCUAGUCUUCUAAAGACCGCAAGUUCGAAAUCAUUGGUUAGAAGAUACAAUUUUGCAUCUGUUCAAGCUUUACAUACAUUCCAACAAGCAAUAACUGGCUUCAAAGUUCGUUUUGAUGGAUAUUCCACAAGCUUUGCCAUAUCACGCAGAAGAAUGGUAGUUCCCAUUUAUAAGAAGUGGGAGGCUGGCAGAACCCGACUCCAGAUCAUCGAACAAGAAAAGAUUGUCCAGCUUGUGGUCUUCUUCUCUGACUUCAGCCAUGGAAAAUGCAUGAACUUUGUGCUGAAGAGCACUGAUAACUUCGAGAGUUCCUCCCGGCCUGGCAAGUACGCAAUCAAGCUUGUGGAUGCCAAAUUUGCACUCCCUAGAGGCAACGAUGACGAGUUCGCAGAGUUUGUCUGCUUGGACAUGCCAGAGUACCCUGGUGAACACGAUGACAUCACGAUUUAUUUUGAUUCUGAGAACGAUCGAUUCAAUUUUCAAUCAGCCAUACCUGGCUCUGUUAAAAGUCCACUAAGGGCUAGUUCAUUCAAGCGAUAA